AUGUCCUCGACAAGCGGUGCUGGUGGAAAUAAUAAUCAUAUGAACAACCUUAAUCAUAAUCUGAAUCUGGCUUAUCGGGUCGAGACCACAGCCACCGCCGUCGCUACUAGCAGUCGCCGCAGGGAUUCGUCUGGACGCGACGACGACAGCGAAUCGCUGACGUCGUCGUCGACUUUCGAAGUAUGCCCUGCGGCGGCUGCCGAGGAGUUGGGUGAUCUCGACCAGGCAAAACUCGACUCCUCGUCGUUGCAUCACAUGAUUCCAACAUCGACCAUGAACAAUGGAAAUUUUUCUAUGCCGUACAUCCCAUCCGUAUCCUCUGCAGCUGCAGCCAAUAUGUCCUCGGUAGCGAACAUGACCGCAGCGUAUUUCAAUACGAAAGGAGCAGCCUACGGAACACCUCACCUUGGCUUCCCAACAGCACCUGCACAUAAUUUCCUACCGACCGGCAUGGGAUACAUCGGUGGCAGUCUGGCCGAGUGUCAACCGGCAGGACUCGCCUGGAACGCUGGCGCCCCGCCAAGGAAACAACGUCGCGAACGCACCACCUUCACUCGUAGCCAGUUAGAAAUUCUGGAACAUGCAUUCCUAAAAACCAGAUAUCCGGACAUAUUCAUGCGAGAAGACAUGGCUUUGAAGAUUCAGUUGCCGGAGAGUCGAGUGCAGGUGUGGUUCAAAAAUCGUCGUGCUAAAGCUCGUCAACAGAAGAAAUCGCAGCAGAACAGCUCCGGCGGUAGCAGUGGUUCAUCGUCGACCGAAGGAACAAACUCCGCUACAGAUGCUGAUGUGAAUAUCAAAUCUGAAGAGCCAAGCGAGACAACGCUAAGCGAACACUCGCAGAGCCCUUGUCCUGAGGAUAAGACCUCGUCAACCGCCAGCUAUUUGAGCACCAGCGCUUCGCCGAACAACUACGCCGCUACGUCGUUCCGGCCGCAAGCACAGUACACUUACGCAAACUACCAAAGUCCUAUGGACUAUUUCCAAUACACUCAACCGUCUUCCGCAGCAGCCGCCGCAAAUCCAUACGGGAUGGAAUCAUGGAAAUUCCAACCAAUGGGCUAG